AUGGUUUCAAAUACAGAAAUUAAUGCAAAUGAUGCAGAAAAUAAAAUUUACCGAAAUACUAUUGGACCCGUAAAAGAAUUUACAUCUGUGCGAUGGGCUCAAACUGCAUGUUUUGUAUUAAUUGCUAUUAUGAAUUUAAGUGCUUGGAUCGAUUUACAAGGAUUAUUUGUUGAAAUACCUCUUAUUAUUCCGCAUACUCCAGAAGGAUGGACAUUACCAUCCAUAGCAGCAAUUUGUAUUUGUGCAGCUAAUAUUGUUCCUGCAAUUGUUGUAAUAUUACGUUGGUGGCAAGGAAAAAAAUUCUCUGAAAUUCCUUACAUUUAUCUUAUUAUUAUUGUUGGAGUAAUUGCUUGUUUUGUACUUGCUCUAUUUUGGCAAAGGACAAUAUUUAUAUUUGGUCGUGAACGAAGUAUAUGGCUAUUGAGUUGUAUUUUCAUUUUAUCAAUGCUCGACUGUACAUCAUCACUUGUUUUUUUCGAUUAUAUGAAACGUUUUCGUGCACAAUAUUUACAAGCUGCCUUCUUAGGUGAAGCACUUACAUCAGCAAUUCCUACCAUAUUAAUACUUGCUCAAGGUGUAGCAGGUGAAACAAUAUGUAUACAGACGGGCAACAGUACUAUUUUCGAACCUACUUAUACUCAACCACGUUUCAGUGUUAGAAUUUUCAUGUUUUGUAUUGCUGGUAUCAUUGUUGCAUCGCUUAUUGCCUUUAUUUUACUUAGAUGGACAAAUAUAGUCACAUUAGCUGAUGCUGCAGAUGUGGAUGAACGUAAGAAAAUUAAAUCCAAUACAGAUAUUGUUCAUGAAGAGAGUGAACCUAUGGUCACUAUUGUAAAAUCACAAACAUCAUCAAAAUCUACGAAAACAAUGUCAAAACGUGUGUUUAGACUAUUAUUAGUUAUAAAUACAAUCAAUUCAACAAUAGCAUAUGGAUGUUUACCAUCGCUGAGUACCUAUGCUUUGUUACCUUUUGGUCAGACAGCUUUCUAUUAUUGGAGUGUUACCAUCCCAAUUGCUUAUCCACUUUCAUUAAUAUUAAGUCUCUUUUGGAAAUCUGUAUCGACAAAUAUGAUUAUAUUUCAAUCGAUAUUUAAUGCAUUUCUUUCUGCUUUGAUAUUUAUUAUUGCAAAACAAAGUCCAUGUCCAUGGUUAGCAGAUACAACACAAGGUGCUCUGAUGAUUAUUACCAUAUGGUUUAUCAUGUCAUUUAUCAGCGGUAUUUUACGAAUUGCAAUUGGUAAUCGCAUUAAAAGUGAAUGGAUAGAUGAAAAAGGCAUGUUCUAUUAUGGUGCAACUGUACAACUAGGUUUACUAUUAGGAACUAUACCUAUAUAUUUUUUAAUUAAUGUAUUUAAUCUUUUUAUUGAUCGACAACCAUGUCAAACAUAUUGUAUAUCCUAA